CUGGAGGUUCUCUAUAGCCAUCAUGACUAAUAGCCACAGAGGGAUCUCUCCUCCCCCGUGAAUGUUUCUAACCCGCUUUCAAGCCCAUCUAAGCCAGUGGUCAUCACCACAUCUAGAGGUGGUGAGUUCCACAAGUUAAUUGGCUUUCUUUUUGUGUAUUCUGAACAGAGACGGGCCUCAGUGCUGAAUGUGAUUUAGAGGAAUUUCCUAGCUAAAGGACUUCAGCAAGUGAUUAGGUGGAAAUCUAAUCUAAUUGAUUAGGUGGGAAAUUAGCUGGGGACAUGCAAUGGAUGUGGCUGUUGCCUUUGCCCUCCUACAUGUUACAGAGGACUCAUGCAAGGCUUAUUAUAAACUUUGUGUCCAACUGUACAAGCAGCAGCUGCAGCCCACCCCUAUCCACAAGCAUCCCCUUCCUUCAGAAUUUGUUAACAGAAGGGGAAAGUCAAAUGAAUAGAAAGUGACAUGUGGGGAGCAGGGAGGGCAGGACUGGGAUGACUCUCCCCUGGUGCUCUGACACUUUGAGCUGCACCCCCAAGACAGUGUUUGGAUUCAAACCAGAGCCAGCAUGACCAGUAACAGUAACUUGUGACUUCACAGUCAGCCACAGAAUUCUGCCAUCAUGGUUCCCCUUGGAAACCUGCGAAGAUUCUGCAGUAGGCUCACUUGGCAGCGUUUUAGAUUAGCUGAAGCAUCUUCAAUAAAUUGGCUGUCUUCGGCUGCCAGUUUAUUAGUAGCUUAGUUGUCAAGAUGGGUGGCUGUUGGUCAUGUGUGGCCUGCAGGUCUCACCCAGAGGCAGAACCAAAGGAUGAAGAUGAAGAGGGGGCACUGACAGGUCAUCCCAGAAACCCAACCCAUGCUGCACCAUUUUCUGGGGGACUCCCCAAUGUUUUGGGGGACACUCUGGAGAAAGAGCUCACUGAAGAACUCUCCGUGCCAGAACCUCUUCCAGCACCUCACAUGACCAAUAACAUCCUGGUGGAAGAGCUCGCUGAGGAACCCUCUGUGCCAGAACCUCUUCCAGCACCUCAUAUGACCAAUAACAUCCUGGUGGAAGAGCUCGCUGAGGAACCCUCCGUGCCAGAACCUCUUCCAGCACCUCACAUGACCAAUAACAUCCUGGUGGAGGAGCUCGCUGAGGAACCCUCUGUGCCAGAACCUCUUCCAGCACCUCAUAUGACCAAUGACAUCCUGGAGGAAGAUCUCACUGAGGAACCCUCCGUGCCAGAAGUUCGGUUGCAGCGGUGGGAAAGGGAAGAUGUUCCUGCAGACCCUGCUGCACUUCUCCAGCCGUCUGGGUCUGAGUCAUCAUUGUCCUCUGCCUCCCUGGAGGUUGCCUCCAUCCCACCCUCUACCUCCACCUCUUCCCUCCUCCUGCAUCCCUCUCCACCUCCUCCUCCUUCCCCACCUCCUCUGGAGCCGGACCUCAGCAACGUAAAUGAAACUCUGCAGAGUUUGGUAGAGAUCCAGGUCCGCUGCCAAAGAGACCUCCACAGCUGCCAGGAAUGUGUACAAAGCUUCAAGGCACUGAGGGGACAACUGUUGCGGCUAAGGAGCAGACUGGCCAGGGUGGAAGCCACUAUGGGGAUCGUGGUUCCUCCAAGGGAGCUGGACGUUGCUGAGGAAGAAGGGGAAGGCAAAUUAAAAGAGACAACUGUGCUACUAUUUACAUGAGUAGCAAUAAAAUGCUAUGUAUAUAUAUUUAAAAUAUUAAAUAUUUGUUUUAAUACGAUGUAGAGAUAGAACAGCAAUAAAACUUGCUUAUUUAUUGUUUAAAAAAUAAAAUGUUUUAUUUUAA